CACCACUCGGGUACUUGGCUCUCACGGCACUCUUUCUUUACUUUUGCGAGUUCCCUCCCUGGCUCUUCGUUACUGUUCCGAUCUCCAUUUCCGGCGAUGGCGAAGCAGCAAGUCCUGGCGUUCGCCGCAUGGGCCUUGGCGGCGGCGGCGAUGGUCGUCUUCCUCCCAGCGGCGGUGAGCGGCGCCCGCGACGUGAAGUUGGCGGCCAACACAGGGUUCGUCGUCGAGGGCCGCGUCUUCUGCGACACUUGCCGGGCCGGCUUCGAGACCCCCAAGACCACCUACAUCGCUGGUGCAAAAGUGAGAGUAGAAUGCCGAUCUAGAAUGACCGGUGCAAAGAUAUGCAGCUUUGACGGCAUGACCGAUCACACUGGCACCUACAAUAUCCUUGUUGCAGAUGAGCAUGAACAUGAGAACUGUGAGUCUGUGCUUGUCAGCAGUCCAGUGAAGGGCUGUGAUAGGAUCCUUGAAGGCCGGGAGAGGGCUUCUGUGUCCCUCACCCACAACAAUGGCAUCACAUCGGACAAAAGAUUUGCAAACUCCCUGGGCUUCCAAAAGAACAUCCCCGUGGCAGGCUGUGCUCAACUGCUCGAGAUGUAUCGGCAAUACGAAAAUGAAGUUUAAUGAGAACAAAAGAGAGAAAAAAAGAAGAAGGGGGGGUCUCCAUUGUAUGUAGUUGGCAAUGUGUCCGGUGCUUUCUUUGUUGUUGCUAUUGCUCGGGUACCUUAUCUGGUUUGUUUGUUUGACAAUUGGUUAAUCUUCUAUCUAGUCCACUUUCUUGUGGAUAAUAUUUGUCGUUGCAUUUGCUGUUGUCUGACUACUUUAAUGGAGCGGUGGAUUGAUCCUGUUGUGGUUGGCACCAGCCAGGG